UUAUAUAGUAGCCAUAACCCGAAUACCUUGUUUGCCCAAAUGUACAUCUCACGUCUCUUUCUGUCGUUAGGGUUUAUCCCAAGGGUUUGAAGUAAUAUCAGUAAACUGUAGCUGUGCCAAUGGCGAAACCAGGCCGAGCCCGUGCGGCUUCACCGUCAGGCUCGUCUUCUCGUUCUCCGUCGCGGUCUCGUUCUCGCUCGCGCUCUUACUCUUCUCGCUCCUCCAGUUCCCGCUCUCCCUCUCGAUCUAGAUCUCGCUCCAGAUCGUUUUCUUCCUCUUCCUCCAGUGGCAGUUCUCGCAGCCCUAGCCCCCGCCCUCCUCCUUCUCAGCGAAAAAGCCCUGCUGGAGUAUCUAAGCGAGGCCGUUCACCGCCACCAUUAUCUAAGAAAGCUUCUCCACCUCCAAGGAAAGUCUCUCCAACUCCUGAGUCACGUGUGCUUCAUGUGGAUCAGCUCAGCAGGAAUGUCAAUGAAAACCAUCUGAAAGAAAUAUUUGGUAAUUUUGGUGAAAUCCUGCACGUGCAGUUGGUCAUUGAUCAUGUUGUUAACCUUCCAAAAGGGUUUGCUUAUGUUGAGUUCAAGACUAGAAUUGAUGCUGAGAAAGCCCAACUACACAUGGAUGGUGCACAGAUUGAUGGGAAAAUAGUUCAUGCCAAGUUCACCCUGCCAGAGCGGAAAAAGGCACCCUCACCUCCAAGGGCUGCUGCAACUUCCUCAAGGAGAGAUGCUCCUAGAACUGAUAAUGCCCCUGUUGAUUUGGAGAAAGAUGGACCGAAACGGCAACAAGAGUUAUCUCCUCGUCGAAAACCUGUCUCUCCACCUCGAAGGUCUCCUAUAGGACGAAGAGGAUCUCCUAGACGUGAGCCAGAUUCUCCUGCCCGUCGGCGUGCUGAGUCUCCUAUUCGUCGUCGCGCAGGUUCUCCUUAUAGGCGCGGCAGUCCACCGGCCCCAAGGAGGAGGCCUGUAUCUCCCGUUAGACGACGUUCACCAUCCUCUCCACCAAGACGUUACCGAACACCUCCUAGGGGCUCUCCCAGAAGAAUUCGUGGCAGUCCUGUUCGAAGACGUUCUCCCCUUCCGCCAAGGCGACGUUCUCCACCGCGACGUGCUAGAAGUCCACCCAGAAGAUCUCCGGUUGGUCGCCGGUCUAGCCGCUCACCUAUUAGGAGACCUAUCCGUUCACGAUCAAGAUCCAUCUCUCCUAGGCGGGGAAGGGGUCCAGCCGCAAGACGUGGGAGGUCAUCAUCCUACUCUUCUUCUCCCAGUCCUCGAAAGGCACCCCGCAAGAUUUCAAGGAGUCGCAGUCCUAGAAAGCCUUUAAGAGGGAGGAGCCCCAGCAACAGUGACAGCAGCAGUUCGCCUCGUAAGCCCUAGGUUGUUGCUCUUGCAAGGAAUCUAUCUUAAUGGAUGAUUUUUCUGAUCUUAUUCUGCUGGAGAAGAAGUCAAUUAGGAUACCCUUCAUUUCACUUGAUGAUUUGAUGUGAACGUAUGAAUGUGAAUUCUUAUAAUGGUUGUACACUAUUGUCCAAAUCCCCUUUUGCUUUACCUUAUCAGAGGAAAAAACUAUUGUGCAAAUCCACUUUAUUUUUGGUUA